AUGAAGCUCUCACUUCUCCCCUAUGCCGCUGUGUUGGCCUCAUCUGGCCUUGGCCAGGCUGCCCCAAGCUCCGUCAUUCACAGUGGCCUCCUAGAGGUUCUGCAGCCCGAGGACGGGGCUGCGGUUCUUGAGAAGCGUAGCGAAGCCGAUAGCGCUACCUUCACGUUGAGCAAGAGGGGAAACGAAUGCGGAGACUCCACCUUUAUCGACCAGGGCAGCGAAGCAUCUCCUCUGACGUCUGACUGCGAGCGCCUUUCUUCAAACGUCCAGAAUGGUGGCCGCUGGACUCUGAGCGGCAGUCAGCGUACACUGGCGACAUACGGAUCUUGUGCCUUUGGCGCCUCUGGAGGGGGACCAUGGUAUACGUACGUAGGCAAUGAGGACAUUAUGGACCUCAUCAGGGACUCCAUCCGAAAGUUCAGGAGAGGCAAUGAUGGCAAGAUUGGGGCUAAGGGCUCGAUGCAUUGCAGUGGUAACGGCGGAGGUGGCAACGUUUACUGGGGGAUUUACCACACCUAG